CUGUAACAAUUCUUACAUGAAUUAUAUACAAGACACUUUAUUGGUAAACACUCAUUGAACAAUCGUAAUGGCUGCCAUUAAGCAUGAGCGACACGAUACUACUCGCUACUUAAGAAAGAUCCGCAAGCCGCUUGUCGAGAAACAGCGGCGAGAGCGAAUGAACAAAAGCAUCGACCAACUAAAGCUUCUUAUAGCGGACACGAUCAAAGAACAGGCCGCGCCGAUGACACGUGUAGACAAGGCCGAUAUUCUCGAUCUCACAGUGUUUCACUUGACAACGCGUCAACAACAACAUCGUUCAGCGGCCAUAGUUCCGAAGACUGUAGCUUACAACGCCGGGUUCAAUGACUGCGUCAGAGAGGUCAUGACCUACUUAUCAGCUUGCAAGGUCACAGACGACAGUUCGGCCUAUUAUUUGAGUGCUCAUCUUCAUCAGACGCUUACUGAGAAAAUCAGAUUUAAUCCAAACAAAGGCAAAGCAAGUGGACGUACCGCAAAUAUCUUAAUUUCAACUCCAGCCAGAAACAAUGACGUCAGUUUUAUUACAUCAUCCUCCCUUAAUACGCCAAACAUGUCUCCAAUUGUUUCAAAUAGCUCAAUCAACGGAUUUCUUCAAUCAAAGAUGUGCACACCUGAGCCAGCAAAUACAUGUGACGACAUGAGGGUCCGUUAUGAUAGCUGUACCGACUCAUGUUUUUCAAGCAUGGACGUCUCCAUGGCUAACAGUUUUGACGCGACAUCCGGAUCAGAAGAUGUUGUCGCCAUAGGCAACGGACAAGAUGACAAAGUUGGUCACGUGAUAAGGGACUCUUUCUGGAGACCGUUCGAAUUAUAG